AUGUGUAUAUGGGCUUCCUUAAAAGUGAUUGGACCUUCCCAGCCCCUUCUUGUCAGAGUGGGAGAAGACAUACAGUUAACCUGUUGCCUGUCCCUCGAGGCCAAUGCACAGAGUAUGGAGGUGAGGUGGGUCCGGGCCCACCGUUACCCUGCUGUUUAUGUGUAUAUGGAUGGGGACCAUGUGUCUGCAGAGCAGAUGGAAGAAUAUAGAGGGAGGACAGUGCUGGUGACUGACGCCAUGAGCGAGGGGAGGCUGACCCUGCAGAUACACGAUGCCAGGACUUCAGACGAUGGGCAGUACCGGUGCCUUUUUGAAAAAGAUGGUGUCUACCAGGAGAACACCUUGGAUGUGAAGAUAGUAGGUCUGGGCUCUUCCCCGCGGAUCACCAUGGAGGGCCUGGCGGACGGAGAGAUGCGGCUGAUGUGCUCGUCGGAAGGGUGGUUCCCACAGCCCCGCGUGCAGUGGAGGGACUUGGAAGGGAGGACAGUGCCCUCGUUUUCCGAGGUGCUGGCUCAAGGCAGCGAUGGGCUGUUCCGCGUGGAGGCCUUCCUUCAGGUCACAAACAGCUCUGAUGGCAACGUGACCUGCUCCAUCGGCAACCCCCUUCUCGGCGAGGAGAAAAUGACAACAUUUUUUCUCUCAGGUGGGUGA